AUGUUUUCCUUCAAAAAACUUAACCUUUUCCAUGUCGAUUCGAUUUCGAGUAAAAUGGAAGAAGAUGAUUUUUCCGACGCGUGCAAUGAAUUAACGCCUCUAUCAGGAGUGGCCGAUGCCUUCGAAGAGCUUUCUACGAUAAUGAAGGAACAUGGGUUUGAAUACGACCUUGAUUUGAAAACUUUCUGCAAUGCUUGUUCUCUUGUUUCUACCCUCUUCGGCUCAUUGGGCAGGGCGUUUAAAUUUGCAGAAAUGGAGUAUUGUUCCAAGGUGAAUGAUCUUGCAGGAGCAUGCGAGACCCACGUGACGCUGAACACCGUGCUUGAUUUCGAUCUACAGAACAACACAGUGAAGACGCAAGGAAGCCUGUCGCGGUGCCUGCGCAGAGUAAGACAGGGCAUCGAUCUCAUCCGAGUUCUGUUCCAAAACUUCUUAUCAACAGAUGAUCCCUAUUUGAAGGAUGCUGCAUCGACAGCUUAUGCAGAGACAUGUGCACCGUAUCACACAUGGGCCGUUAGGACCGCCGUCUCUGCUGGCAUGUACACGCUGCCGACGAGGGAACAGCUACUCCUCAGGCUCAACGAAACAGAGGAGUCGGCUGAGAGGGAAAUGAUGAGAUUCAUAAAGGCUUCCCAUGCCAUCAUACAGUACAUCGAUAGUCUCUACACAUCAAGAAAUAUCACCUUGGACUGGUGAUGGCAUAAUCUCGCGAAUGUGAAGAUGGCCUGGCAUUAGUCCGUAGAAGAUGAAGUUGAAUGAAGGGUAGAGCAAGCAGCAUCACCGGAGGAUCACUUUGGACGACAAGACGCGCUGUAUUCUUUAGUUAGAAUUAUGUGUAAUAGUUCAAUGUUUGUUACUAUAAAUCAAUUAGUACAUACAUUACCCAUUCAAAGUUGUAAAAGAGGCAUUUGUUGGUGUUGGAGAGCAAGUUUACGAUCCUAAUGAUCU